UGCCACGUCAGCAGUGCCACGUCACAAUGCCAGAUCAGCAGUGCCACGUCAGCAGUGCCACGUCAGCAGUGCCACCUCACAGUGUCAGGUCACAGUGCAAUGUCAGCAGUGCCACGUCACAGUGCCAGAUCAGCAGUGCCACGUCAGCAGUGCCAGGUCACAGUGCCACGUCAGACUCAGUGCCACGUCAGCAGUGAUGUCAGACACAGUGCCACGUAAGCAGUGCCACAUCAGCAGUGCCAUGUCAGACACAGUGCCACAUCAGCAGUGCCACGUCAGACACAGUGCCACGUCAGACAGUGCCACGUCAGACAGUGCCACGUCAGACAAAGUGCCACGUCAGCAGUGCCACGUCAGCAACAUGACGGGCCUGCCAGGCCAACUGCCCAACGAGUCCCUUGCAGCCUACAAGCAGCGGUUCCAGGCUCAGAUAGAGGCUGAGGAACAACGCCAGCUGGCAGCCGAGGCUGCCCGCGUACAGGCUGAAGAGGCAGCAGCAGCAGAACAACUACAGCUACAGGCCGAUGCAGACGCAGAUGCCCAGGCUCGUCGCAAGGAAGCCCAGGAUCUGCUGCAGCGGCAUGAAGCCAACAGCAUCAACAGACUCAAGUACUGGCAUUUUGAACCAAACGGCGACGAGGCAACAUCGGAAGAGAAGCACAAGGAGUUCCUCUCCAAACUCGUGACGCGGUUGUUGUAUGCUUGCAACUACCAACGGUCAGAGUUAGAGAGACAGUACCAGGACCUGACGCAACAGCAUCAGGAGUUGGCACAACUCCGCCGCAUGGUGCAAAGCCACGAGGAUGCAACUCGGGCACUCAAUGCCCGAUUGCUGGACCUGGAACAGGCUGUACCAGGACCAGCUGCUGGGGCUUCCAGCAGUGCACCCUCUAGCCGCCAAAUGGAGGACCGCGUUGACCACGUAGUGGCAAUGUUCGGCGACAUCAGCACCUUCGUUGCGCCGACCACCACCAUCAGCAGUCAGCUACAUACAUUGAAGACCGAGGUCCAGCAGCUGCAGACGACGAACGUGGAUGGCAACCCGAAGAUGUAUAAGAUGCCAACUUUCAAUCUCGAGAGGUUCGACGACUACACGCAGCAGGAUCCGGUCCUCUGGUGGGAAGCAUUCACAAUGCAACUCAGGACUCUGCCCGUAGCCAAGCAUGCGUACAUCGGCGCCCUGUUCCUGAACUCAAAGGGCGGAUGCCAGACCUGGUUGAGCCACCUGGCAACCUCCCACUGCGUCGACGUACCAGACUUGAAGGACCAAAUCACAUGGGAGGAACUGACACGACUGUGGAAGAAGCAGUUCAUCGUCGGCGACGUGCCGGCACUCGCCAUCAACCAUUUGUUCACCAUGUCACAGGGCAACACUGCAACAUGGGAUUGGCUCACAGAGUGGCAGAGGAUUGCGGCAGUGCCCAAUCUGGAGCUGCCUUUCACUCAUCUCAUACGUGAGUUCUACAACAGAUCCUGCGCUGCAUUGAGCCAGGCUUUUGGUGAUCACGAGCAGUACUCCACUUUCGCCGAGAUUAUCGACAAGGCGAGAGAGAUCUUCAAGACCAACAGGUCAGCUGCACACGAGAAGUCACCAUGGCAGCCGACCUAUGUGGAGAAGGUACGAACUGGUCCGCGACAGCAGCACUUCGCUGCAGUCCAGCAGGACAAUGGAUAUAACCCAGCAGCCACUCCAGCAUCAAGUGACGGAGAUCAGGUGGCUGUUGUCCAACCGCGAAGCAACAACAAGUCCCACAACAAUGGGAAGGCGAAAUCCGCAUUGCAGGCAGGAAAUGGACAGCCAGGACAAUUUCCAUGGGUCAAGUUUGGCUUGACCGAGGCGGAGUGCAAGGUCCGCAGCCGCUACGACAGCUACUAUUGGUGCAACAACACCAAGCACAAGACCUCCCUGUGCCAAGAUGAGGGCAAGGAGGAUGUGCGACCCCGCCUCAGCUCGGGAAACCGAGCUCCGCCGAAGGAUUAUGCUGUCCGCUUGGUUCCACCGCUGGACCAACCGCUCCACGUGCAACAGUCCACCGCAUGCACGGUUUCAUCACCAUCGGCAACCGAUUCGGCAGCUUCGCUGCAAUCUAUCGUCGGGGAUUCGACGUCAUGGUCAAGACUUGAAGAGCUCGACCCAUUGAUGUUCACGGACUUCCAGUGGAUGCCCGUUCCCUCGACCGGACGAUUGCCGAAACCGCAUUGCAACGUGCUUAUGGCACAAUUGUGGGACUACUUGCACACUGCAGUACCAGCUCCGUUGAUGGACGUCGGAGUAGAGGUUGUCGACCUUCAUGCUUACAUCGCGAAGAUCGACCGUGAGUUCAAGACACAACGGUAUGACGACAUCGACGCACCAUUGCUAUACGUAUGCAUUCAGAUCGGAGAGGCGACCUGCAGUGCCUUGAUCGAUUGCGGAGCAUCUCGCAACUACAUCAGCCACGACUUCAUGGUACGUGCCGGCCUUGGCCCACGUGUCCGGAGGAAGUCCCAGCCUACGCAAGUCACGUUGGCAGACGGUCAUACGCACAAGUCAAUCGACCGGUGCAUUGACGCUGUCCCCGUGAACUUUGCCCCUCACGCAAGUGAGGCGGUGUCCUUUGAUAUUCUGGACACCAAAUUUGACAUGAUCUUGGGCAUGUCAUGGCUGCGAAGCGAGGAUCACCCGUUCUUCUCUAAGCUGGAUCUCAAGUCAGGAUACCACCAACUCGAGAUUCGCGAGGAGGAUCGCUACAAGACCGCGUUCAAGACACGGUAUGGGCAUUUCGAAUGGCUGGUCAUGCCGUUUGGCCUUACGAAUGCCCCAACCACUUUCCAAGCGGCUAUGACAACGGAGUUCCGACACAUGCUUGAUCUGUUUGUACUCAUCUACCUCGACGACAUCUUGGUGUAUAGUCGGAGUUUGGACGAGCAUGUGGAACACCUGCGCACCGUUUUGGAGCGGCUACGACAAGCCUAGUACAAAGAAAACCGUGACACUAUGUGACGCCACAAGGCAUCCGUCCGCUUGCGGACAAGAUCGAGGCCCUACGAGU